GUUGGCGUUGCAAGCAACGGCCUGGGUGCCCUGCCCGUCCGCCUUGCACCAUAUCACUGCUGACGUGGUCAAGAAGGAACAUGCCCAAUGCCAACACCUGCUCAGAUAAGAAACAGAAUAAUCAGCUGCCAAGGCCAGGGGUCCAGCCUAUUUAAGGGAGCUGGGAAAUCUGCUACCCCACUAGCGGGACUGGAGCAGUGCAGGACGAGGCCAUGAAGACCCUCCUGCUGGCGCUCCUUGGGGCGGCUUCCCUCUCGCAGCUCACCCUCUCCCUGAGAAUUGGCGCUUUCAACAUCAGGGCUUUGGGGGAUAGAAAGGUCUCCAACCAGACCAUCUCCAGCUUCAUUGCCAGAAUACUGACUGCCUACGACCUUGUCCUGAUCCAGGAAGUCCGAGACGCUGACCUGAGUGCCGUCAAGAAGCUCAUGCAACUGGUCAAUGGGGCCUCGCCAGAUCCCUUUGACUACCUGAUCAGCAAUCCCCUGGGGCGCAACAGCUAUAAGGAGCAGUACCUCUUCAUUUACAGGCAGGGCAGGGUCUCCCCAGUGAAGAGCUACUAUUACCAAGACGGCUGUGAGCCCUGUGGCAACGACACCUUCAGCAGGGAGCCCUUCAUUGUCAAAUUUGCUGUCCCUCAAUCAGUGGUGAAAGAACUGGUCCUGGUGCCCCUGCACGCAGCUCCUGAAGCCGCAGUGACCGAGAUUGACUCUCUCUACGACGUCUACCAGGAUGUGAAAGACAGGUGGGGGACCACGGAUGCCCUCCUCCUGGGAGACUUCAAUGCCGCCUGCAAGUACGUCCGGGCGGAGGACUGGCCCUCCAUCCGCCUGCGCUCCAGCAAGGACUUCCAGUGGCUCAUCCCAGACACGGCAGACACCACGGUGACCAACACCAUCUGUGCCUACGACAGGAUUGUGGCCGUGGGUUCAAAGCUGAGAGAGAGCAUCCUGCCUGCAACAGCCAAAGUGGACAACUUCCAGAAGACCCUGAAGUUGAGCUCCAAGGAUGCCUUGGCUGUAAGUGAUCAUUUUCCGGUGGAGGUGACCCUGAAAUCCACCUGAGCCCUCCAGGCCCAGACAGCCAGUUCAAAGAAGCCGCUCUGAUUCCCUUGGAGCCCAGCACGGCUCCCUCGCCAAGCCCAGGACACGGGCAAUACCUCAGCAGGCUCUCUUUCUGACACAACGGAAGCUUAAAUAAUAAAAAGAUUAGCUGCAUU